AAAUAUCGUACUUAUUCGGGACAUUACCUCCACCAUACACCACUAAACGUAUCGCCAUGCGUCCGCUGCUGCAGGAGGCGCAGUUCGCGUGCUUCGAGGACGACGAGGGCGUCUCGCCCGAGCUCUCUUCGCUGCCGAGCUUCGUGAUCUCCAGUCCGUCUGUGCGCUCACAGCCGCCCAAGAGUUUCGCGCGCGUGCGUGCAUUGGAAUGCAGCGGCUCAGGCAGCUUCUACUUCCAGAACGAGACUUUACGUGACCGCUUUGUGUGUUGGCGCGUGCUGAAAAACGUGGUUUUACUGCGGGAAUGGAGUUUAAACUCGACGUUAAAGCAAAAUGGCGUCCGCCUGGAGUUCCCUGCCCCCGUGGUGAGCACAGGAGUGUUCGCAGUCGAGAGUUGGGAGGACGAUGCGGUCACUAUCAACGUAGUGACGCACGCUGGAACCAUCCACCGGUUUACUUAUGCCGUACCGAGAGAUAACAGUCUCAGUAUCUUCUCUCAGGCCAAUGCCAAGGCUUUUCCCGAGCCAAAACCAUCCACACGCAGUCGCUGUGACGUGAUGCAGACGCUGACUAGUAACGAGAUCUUGACGGUAGCCCUGUGGGUGAACGAGUACAAUUUAGUACUAGGAACAGACAGUGGCCGAGUACUUGGCGUGAACUUUGGACUACCCAGUGACGCUAAAAAGAUGCAGGAAUUUGUGUUCUCGGACGAGUCGGUAGUCAGCUGGAUCUGGCAUGGACUUAUCAGAACAACGACAGCCAAAUUGAAGGGAAAUGGGGAAGAUGCAGAGAGGAAAAAGAUCGGAGCGGCGGUGGUGGCCAUGACGUGCUUCGAGAUUGAAGCGGAAGGAGAUGAGGAUGACAAGGACGUGUGUGUCGUGACGGUGUCUGCUGACUGUGUGCUUAGAGCGUGGAGUAUCGGCUCUCAGUCGUGUCUAGGACGCCAGCAAUUGCGGUCUCUGGUGAUGCCUCAGACGAAUGAGGACGAUAACGAAGACGCAGGAUGGAACGAUGAAGAUCUGGAUGGCGAUGACGGAUCCAGCAGUAUUGGUGUGUAUGCUACGCAUGCCAAGGUGGUUGCGCUGUCGGCUACAGAGUCGGAUAAUUGCAGGUUGUUGGUGCAUCUGGAUACAACGGCAGCUCACUCAUCGGAGAUUUAUCUGCUGAGAGGAGACGUGCAGUCUUCUGCUGCUUCAAGUGCUGGAGGAGGCGAAGAGCUUGCAUUGGAUACAGCCAGAGUGUUCACUGUGCAGUCCCCAGAGCUGAAAGCCAAGCGUGGACUGAAGAUGGUGGACUUUGCCGUGGACAAGAACUUCCUCUUCUCUUCGUGGCGAUCGCUGGAUGGCGAUGAAGUGUACAUCCACCCGAACCCGAUGGCACUCACAGGUCCUAAACGUAUUCUCGGCCAGCUAGUCAGCAGUCUGGACGUGCAGAUGCAGCAGUACGAAGUGGAGGAUAGCGAAUGGUUGUUUGAUCUCAAGGAAGAAGGCGUUAUGACGCUUAUUGACGACUUCUUCGCAGAAAGAAUCCUUCUACCUGGUCGCUUCUCGAGACAGAACCUGUCCAAUGCGAUCGUGGAGGCACAGAGCGGCGUUCUCGGUGGCUUGAGCUCUCAGUCGCCGUUUGCCCAUCGUCUACCUAAGUACAAAGACGUACUGGUUCGUCUAGUGUCCAGCCGAUGUGUCGAUGCGGCUGGUGCGGCUGCUAUCCGCAGUGGAACUGCUCCAAGUGUGCUGCGCAUUAGAGUCUGGAAGGAGCUUAUCACUCUGUGCACCAAGCACUGGCGUUGCGAGAAUGUGCCUAUUGGCUUCGCUACGACGACGAACGCGCUGCUUCCAGGUGCACCAGUGAUGCUGCGUCGUAACCGCGUGUCGUUACUGUUCCCGUCCGCUCCAUCCAUCACUGCUGCGUUUGUUCCGCAGGCGGAGGAAGGCUCCACAAGUGGCGAGUGCGUGGCCGACCUGGUUGCCGAAGUUCUUCCAGUAUUUGACGCGUUCCCGAGCCAGAGUUUCCAGUCGUUUAUCCACCGUGAAGUCGCUGAUGUAGCGUCCGACUGGAAGGUGGAGUCCUUCGUGGCCUUAGCGCGUCACUGUGUUCGUCUCGGCUUGAAUCCGGACUUCGUCGCAAAUGCCGGUGUCUCUGGACAAACUAUCAGCGCUGAGCUGGUUCUCACGCGCUCGAUCCUACGCCUCAGCAAGCUUCUAGGCGGCGAUGCCGCCUUCCAAGACCAAGUUUUCAAAGACCUGGUGGAGCAUCUGUUCCCGUUCGAACUGUGGCGUGGCGCAGGAGCCUAUAAGCCGUCGUCCCCCAAGCGAGAACGCGAUUCUGACGAGGAAAUGGCCGAUGAUAAGAACGAUUUCGUGAUGACAGACGCCUCUGCUACUGAUUACUAUUCGACCACCCGAGCGUUCUUCGCUGGCCAUGAAAUGUGUUUUGCUUUUGACCAAGUGGCGUCACGGACCAUCGACGAAAUGUGCAAUCAAUCUCUGCGCGUGGUGCUCUUCCUGGCGUAUCUGGUGGACACUCGACCGGCUUUCCUGACCUCUGCGACGCUGAGUAAGAUCGUGCGUGUGUACUUGCCUAAGUCCAUCACGGUGUAUCAACGCUGGAGACUGAGUCGAUGGGUGGCCAGCCAAGGCAUCACACAGCCGAUUGCAGACACGGAUCCUGUUCUCAAUUCGUCAGGUUCUCUCAUGCCACCACUGCUUCAAAUGUUCCUGCUGGACGUCAACAAGAAGCUCAACCGCUCGGACAGCUUCAAGCGAGCGCUGUCGGUUCUCCAGCUCGCCAGUGCUAGUAACAAUGUGCGCAGUGAAGAAGCUCACGGCGUGUUGGCCACGUUUACUCGCGAGAUCUUGCAGUACGUCUCUCAGCCAAAUGAGUCUCUAGUGCGGUUCCUACAGAAGCGACAGCAGUUUCGCUUACUGCGCGCCAUGUUCUGCUGCAACCUCAGUGACAUCAGUCUACAUGGCAGUAGCAAGGGUGAAGCCGCUAGCUCGCAGCAGACGGAGCAAGUGCACCAGUACGUGCGCUCGAUCGGUGAGUGUCUAGCGUGUGAAGGUCAGGAGGCUGCUUCGCGUGCUCACGACGAUAAGGACGCUCGCGAUCAUGCUCGUUGGUGUUUUCAGCAAGCGAUCCGCUGCUUCAGUAUCUGCCUGUCCAACUUCUUCGUGGAGCGCAAGCACAGACAUUCGCUGUCUGAGAAGGAUCUGGAGCAGUUCAUCUACGACGUCGUGGGGCUGCUGAAGGAGACAGUGCCCCGUGGCCACUACGACCAGUUGCUGAGCUUCCUGUGGACUGUGGUUACGCAGGCAUUGAGCCACUUGGCUCGUCAUGACGGCGGCCAGAGCUUCGCCGUGCAGUCUUUUGUCUGGGUGAACCUGUUCAAGUAUUCGGUGGAGGAGCGACUAUUCCGAGACGCGCAUCUUGCACUUAUGCACACGGCGGAGCUGUCGGCGGCUUUGGGUGCGGAGACUGCAGACGCUGAGGGCACAGCGAGUGAGUGUGUGAAUUAUCUGGUCAAGGAAUUGGUCCGCUAUGGUCAUCUGGAGCUUAUCUGUGAGUUGCAGUGGGGAUCGUUGGAGUCACAUGUCGAGAAGUACAUUCUGUGGCAAGCUGCCAACGCUACGGUCGUUCACGGUGACGGCCUGGAUGCGAGUGCGGUUAGAUACUACAACUUGCUGUUCACCUUCUACAUGCGCAAGCAACAGCCUGCCAAUGCGGCGUCUUCACUCUACGCUCUUGCGCUUCGACUGCGACUGGCUGUAUCCACUUCGAAAGCUGCUCUGGAGGCUCAACGCAACGCUCUGAAUGCUGCUUGCAACGCGUUAAGAGCUCUGCCUGCUGAGAACCGCUGGGUUGUACGGAAACUGCACACGGAAGAGCUCAAACGACCUGCCUCGGAUACUCCAGGAGACAAGUCGACAGCUUCACUGAGUGUUGUUACGCUUGAAGAUAUGCGUCGUGAGUUGGCAGUACUGGACGGUAAACUACGUUUACUAGCACUGGGCCACUCGGAGAGUGUGCUCUUGAGUACGAUGGAUGGCGACGAAGUGAUCGCACUACUGGUGGACGCAGUUCAUAGCAGUAGCCACAAUGAAAACACGACGCUGGCGGAACGUCGGAGAGCUGGAGUGCGUUCUAUCGAGGUGGCAGCGGACAUUGCGGGUCAAAACUCGGCUAGUUUGUCCGGUCUCACCAAAUCGUUGGCUCGCUACUGCGUUGCUAGUGAACAUCCUGCUGCGUCCAUCUCACGUGCUGAUAGCGACUUGUUGUGGGAACUGCUGGAGCUGUUGCUGAGCAAUGCUGCAUCAUUAGAGCAGUACGAGAUCGCAGUGGAGACGGUGUUAGACUUCUGGCAACAACAAGGUCGCAAACUGGCGUUGCCUGUGUGGCUGAGUAAACGUUUGUCAAGUCCGAAGUCAGGAAACCCGUCCAAACUGCUGAGACUUUACCUAAAACAUGGUCUGCUGAUCGAAGGCUUGCAGUUGGUGGACGGCCUUCUGCCAGAUGACGCCUCUAUGCGUGGAGGAAGUACCAAGUCUGUGUUCAGCUUCCAGUCGCAGAUAUCAAGCGCUAAGCCGGAGCUUCCAUGGAUCCCUUACAACCUCGUUGACGUGCUGCUGGACUCGACAUCUGCUGUGUUAAACCAAGGCGGGAAUGGUGAAGUCUCUGCUGCCGCUAUGACAAAAUUACGUCAGCAGGAUCACAGUCUUCGUCAGCAAUUGGCUCGCUACUUCAACUCGGUCACGGCACUGCAGCAAGCACAAGAAGCAGCGAACCUUGCACGGAGCAGCAUUGACUUGGACUUGUAGACGAAUUGUUGCAGCAUGAUAAUGGUUCAAUGCAAGUGAAAAAAUUGCAAAUGUUUCGAAUGCUAAUAAUUAAAGUGCAAAUGCGAUAAAAAUAAUUGCGGCCACGGCAAAAACUUCUUAACUAGUAC